CUGCUUACGGCAUGACGUUGUCCUUUUGACGUUCCAAUAUGGCGGCUCCCGGGUUCUGAAGAGGAAAGCAGAGAAGCCGGAACCGAGAUGUGGCUGCGAGGCGCCCGGGCCUUGAUGGGGGCCGCUCUGAGAGGCCCCUGCGCCCCAAAUGGGACACUUUCUCAGAGCAAGACUCCUCUCCUCCAAGUGGCCAGGGCUUAUCCUCGUCCCGUCCGGAGGAAGAAGCCAGAAAUCACCAGCCAUUUGAAUGACUUGCCUCCUACAAUGUUGCAGUGGAAAUACGCUAACGUCCCAGUUGUGAACCAGGUUGAUGACGUUGUGAGAAGGCUCCUGUCUUUGGAAAUGGCAAGCCAGAAAGAAAAAGUGAAAAUAAAGAAAGAGCAGCUGGCAGACAAAGUCCGGAAAGCUCCAAAUGACAAUGGCUCUUUCGAGGUUCAAAUUGCAUAUUUGACAGCCAAGAUCCGCACACAACAAGAACAUCUGCAUAUGCAUCCAAAGGACAAGUUCAACCGCCGUCACAUGCUGAUGGCCAUCGACCGGCGGAGGAAGCUUCUGAAGUACCUGCGCCGCAGCCGCUACGACGCCUUUGAGAAGACCUGCCAGCAGCUGGGCAUCGAGUACGUGGCCCCUCCGCCUUUCUGCCGCCGGGUCACAAGGCGCUGGCUGGCCAAAAAGGCCCUGUGCCUCAAGGUCUUCCAAGAGACACAGAAGCUAAAAGCUGAGGGGAAGCUGAAACCGAGAAUCCCAUGGAGACCCAGGUCAAGGAAAAAGAAGAAGAAGCAGAACAAAGGAACCCUAGUAUAAGAUGAAAGCAUUCCUGUAUCAGAGGGGCUCAUAUUGAGCAACCUGGAAGGGAACAUGCCAAUAAAUUGUUUAAUAUA